UCACACACAGCAUCACACACACUGUGUAUAUGAUAACUCAGUAUUAUUCAGUGGACACAAUGUAACUAAGGCAGCCCCUCACACACAAUGCAUAGAUUAUCCCUCACCCCUCCCUGCCUCUCCCCCGGAAGCACUAUCUCUCUAUCCCCUCCUAUCCCCCUCUCCCAGGAUUAUCCAAGCUGGAGCUGGCUGGCAGAUAACACCCAAAACUGGAGCUUCCUCUGAACAGGAUAUAGGAGAUGCAUGGCAACAUUAGACGUCACUGUGUCCGAGACCUGGAACCCAUUCAAUAUGGAGGACCUGCGUGCGUCUCUUUACAAUUCUUUUGCUCAGAUAAAGUCUUCCCCCAGCCUGAAGAAGAUCAUUGCUGUAACAGCUGUUAGUGCUAUUUCUCUCAUCUUUCUCGCCCGACACUUUAAAAGAAGACGGGGGAAGAAGAAAAGCAUAAUCACUCCCCAGUGGGAGCCAAGCCACUUUGUUUUACAAUGCACCAAAAAUUCAGCUUGGGAGAAAGGGUCCAGUUGUUCCAGUAGCAGACAAAAUCUCACUCUGUCCCUGAGCUCAGUGAAGGAGAAGGGGCCUCAGCUGCAGGUUAACGGAGGGCUGUUCAGUAAAUACUCUGGUUCCGCACAGAGCUUGGCUUCAGUGCAGAGUGUAAAUUCCUGUAUAAAUCUGAAUUCAUGGGAUAAAACAGAUGAGGAGGACAUGAAGCUUGUAAAUAUCCCAGUUACCACCCCAGAGAACCUUUACCUGAUGGGAAUGGAGCUGUUUGAGGAGGCUCUGCAACGCUGGGAGCAGGCACUGACAUUUAGAAAUAGACAAGCAGAGGAUGAAGGCAGCUGUGGACCCAUCAAAUUAGGGGCAGGAGAUGCCAUCGCUGAGGAAAAUAUUGAGGAUAUGAUUAGUACAGAGUUCAUCCAUAAACUCGAGGCCCUACUGCAGCGAGCGUAUCGUCUCCAGGAGGAGUUUGAGGCUACUAUGGGGGCUUCUGAUUCAGCAUCUCUGGCUAAUGAUAUAGAUAAAGAUACGGAUAUCACCGUUCUGGACAAUAGUGACGAUUUCGGACUUCGAGAUACAUUAAGUGUUGCGUCAACAGAUUCUUUUGUAUCAGCUGCUGAGCUGUCAGAAAAACGAGAGAUGCGAUCAUCUUGUGGCAUGGAUUCCCUCGAUCACAGUCCCCUGUAUGAGGAAGCUAUGUACCUGGCAGAGGACGAAAAGAUUUACUGCCGCGUACUGAGGACAGAGAUGGUAGAAUGUCUCAGCGACACAGACUUUCUUGCCAAACUUCACUGCAUUCGCCAGGCGUUCGAGGUUAUUAUGUCUCAAAUUGACAAUAGAAUGUUUUUAAAAGAAGUCGGUAGAAAAGUAUUCUCGGCUUUGAUUGCAAAAGCACGUAAGAACACAGAGCGUUUUGAAGAGGUGUAUGACCAGAUGAUGCAUUAUUUGGAACAAACAGAAACGUGGGAGGACACAGAAGUGGAACUGUUCAGUAGAGGGGUGAAAUGUAUUAAUUUCUAUGACAUUGUUCUGGAUUUCAUCAUAAUGGAUGCUCUCGAAGAUCUAGAAAAUCCCCCGUUAUCCAUCCAGAAUGUUGUGAAGAACCGUUGGCUGAACUCCUCCUUCAAAGAGACUGUGAGUAGCUGCUAUUUAAAGGCUGUGACUUCGAGCUGCUACUCUGUGCUUAAACAAAAAAAACUAAAGAUGAAGCGUCCAGAUGGAUUUUUCGCACAUUUCUAUGCUGUUUGUGAGCAUAUAAGCCCAGUUCUGGCCUGGGGGUUCCUCGGCCCCCGAAACUCGUAUCAUGAUCUCUGCUGCUUUUACAAGGAGCAAGUCCUCCACUUCAUGAAAGAUAUCUUUGACUUUGAGAAAGUUCGCUAUUCCAGCGUGGAUCACCUGUCAGUGGAUAUUUUGGCAUGCCUGCAUCACCGCACUGAGCUACUGAAGAUGUACUUGGUAUAAGGUCCCAUGAUGCCAUCUAAGCUUACUGUAACCAUGACCCAAAGUAUGUGGACACCUGCUCUUUGAACAUCAUAUUACAAUAUCACAGGCAUUAAUAUAGAGUUGGUCCCCCUCUUUACUGCGAUAAUAGGGUUCACUCCUUAAGGAAGAAUCACCACUAGGUUGCUACAGGGAUUGCAGCUUGGGGACAUCAUUAUUCCCAAACAGAAAUAAUCAUUCCUGCUAUGCUAAAUUUUCCAGCUGUCACUUGUGCAGUCAGGCACAGCGCAUGCACCAAACCCAGAUCCAUCUUUUGGAAAAUCAGAUGGAGAUGUCAAUGGAUGUGUUUCCACUUCAGAGUGCGGUGGAGAAGCGCUUUCCACCACCCCAGCUGAUAAUUGGCAACGAAGAAGAAGGAAACAAUCCUUGCAUGACUUUCAUGGACUGGAAUGAUGGUGAACCAACGACAGGCUAUUAUAACGCUAUACUUCAGUACUUUGAAGUUCUGUGUUUGGAGUUUUGCGUUUGCUGCUCAUCUUUCCAGGGUAGACAUUUUGGUAAACAGCUGUUGGAAGGGGGCAUCCUAGGACAGUGCCACUUGGACUGAACCUAGUAAAGGCCAAGUUACCCCUAAUAUGUGUCUAUAGAUAUCGUAUGGAUGUGUGCUUUGUUUUAAGCCUUGUCAGCAAAGAGAGUGUAUAAAGUAGUGAAUCCUACUAAUUAGUAGAGGUGUCUACAUAACUUUAGCCAUGCAGUGUAAACUGGAAUAAGCAAGUCCAAAUGGGGGUCGCAGUCAAUGUAACAUAAAAACUGAAUUCCCCCCAUCCCUAUAUACUGACAGACUCACCACAUUGCCGCUUUAGGUGUAAUGAUACCAGAGCUACACUAUAUCUGCACAGUAUACAUAUAGUAAAUAUACACCUAUUCUGCAUUCAUUUAAAUAGCUCUUCAAGUGUCAGAAGGACUGAUUACUAUUAGGGAAUAUUUAUACUAAACAUGGAGUUAUGGUGAACUGACAACUCUGACUAUUCACACAAUGUGGACGUUGCUAUGUUAAAUAUGAUCACAUUCACUAGCCUCAGUUCUCUUCAGUUUAUAAUUCCUCUGAGACUUACUUUAUUCACUAUAAACAGAACGAUCUGAAUAUGUCUCAGCUAUUUUCAAAAAGAUCUUGUGAUAGUAGCAAAAGUGAAAUUUGUUAAAGAGUAACUUAGUUGAAUUUCUCUGUAAUGAGAAAAGAUGAAUUUUAAGACAUUGCUGAGGACUGAGUUGACUGUGAGAGAGUUGAUUGUAGCGUUACAGUGACUUAAGGUAAGGGGGGCUUAGAGCUAUGAGAGCGAUCCUCUCUGGGGUCAGUAUCAACUGAAUGAAGGGAAUUUGGCUGUUUGUGAAUAGCCAAAUACGUUAAUAUACAUAGUAAUUCUGCUGAUUGCUCAGAUAAGGCAGAUAAAUGCUAGUGCAAAUCUGGUUGAAAUAACUAAGCUUGACUUUUGUGAUUAGCCAACUGAGUUCAAUUUGACUGAAACAGAUAAACUUUGAUAGCCAAACGGCAUUUGAUUGCCAUUUAUAGAAUAGAAUGGAUUUGCAUAACGUGGGCUGGAAUAGUCAAACUGGAAAAAUCUCCAAUUCAGCUAGAUUACAGAUUUUCUUUUUUUUCAUCUUGGAUAUUUCAGCCUACAAUUUGCAAAUUAAAGUGGUUAUGAGAAAUAUGCAAUAUCCCAAAACUGACAGAUCUGAUGGGGUUCCAUGGAUUCAAAGGCUGUCUCUUGUAGCCGCUGUUAUUUUCGUCCUGCUGUCUUCUUCAGCCACUGGUGAUUCAGUUGCCUGAAGGCACCGAGUUCUAUCGAGGAUCCGUGAGAUCCUACAUAGACAGAGCCUGAAUCCCAUAGCCAUCAUUUGUGAUGGAUUCUGGGAUUGGACACAAGUUGGCGGGGGAACACCACCUUUUUGUCAACC